GCGCGAUGCUGCUCGGCUCAUAACGUUCUGCUCACCUGCGAAGGCGAGAGGAGGAACGCCGACUGACUUUUUCGCAAACUCGAACGCCGUCCGACGGAGAACGAAGCAGAGAGGACGGGAGGGAAGGGGAACACGCCACAGAGCACGAGAACGACGCGAGGAGGCAGCGGGGAGUGUGGAGUAACAUCAAACCAUCGACCGGCGCUCCACAUAUUUAAGAGGAUUGCGUGCUCUCCGAAUAACCGCAACAACGCUUGAAGUGCGUGCUUUGCAGACGGCAACAUGUCUUCGACUGGGAAAGAAAACAGUGCUGCCCAACAUGCCAAUUACGUGGGACCGUACCGGUUGGAAAAGACUCUCGGCAAAGGACAGACAGGUCUUGUGAAACUCGGCGUGCACUGCGUCACGUGUCAGAAAGUCGCCAUAAAGAUCGUCAACCGAGAGAAGCUCAGCGAAUCUGUUUUAAUGAAGGUGGAGCGGGAAAUUGCUAUUCUCAAGCUAAUAGAACACCCACACGUUUUAAAGUUGCACGACGUCUACGAAAAUAAGAAAUAUUUGUAUUUGGUUUUAGAGCACGUGUCGGGGGGAGAAUUGUUCGACUACCUAGUGAAGAAAGGGAGGCUAACCCCCAAAGAGGCGCGCAAGUUCUUCCGACAGAUCAUCUCCGCUCUGGAUUUCUGCCACAGUCAUUCCAUAUGCCACAGGGACCUGAAGCCUGAGAACCUGCUGCUAGAUGAGAAGAACAACAUCAGGAUAGCAGACUUUGGCAUGGCCUCCUUGCAAGUGGGAGACAGCCUUCUGGAAACCAGCUGUGGCUCACCUCACUACGCCUGUCCAGAGGUCAUUCGGGGGGAGAAAUAUGAUGGGAGGAAAGCAGACGUGUGGAGCUGUGGGGUCAUUCUGUUUGCCCUCUUGGUGGGAGCCCUUCCGUUCGACGACGACAACUUGCGGAACCUGCUAGAAAAAGUGAAGCUGGGAGUAUUUCACAUGCCGCACUUCAUUCCGCCAGACUGCCAGAACCUUCUCCGAGGGAUGAUCGAGGUGGACGCCAGCAAACGGCUAACGCUAGAGCAGAUCCAGAAGCACAUGUGGUACAUUGGGGGGAAGAACGAGCCGGAGCCGGAGCAGCCCGUGCCCCGCAAGGUUGCCAUCCGGAGCCUGCCGUCGGCCGACGACAUCGACCCUGACGUGUUGGAGAGCAUGCACUCGCUCGGCUGCUUCCGCGACAAGAACAAGCUGUUCCAGGACCUGCUGUGUGACAGUGACAACCAGGAGAAGAUGAUCUAUUUUCUGCUGCUGGACCGAAAGGAGAGGUACCCCAGUCACGAAGACCAGAACCUCCCCCCACGCAACGACAUAGAUCCCCCGCGGAAGCGUGUUGACUCCCCCAUGCUGAACAGACAUGGGAAGAGGAGGCCAGAGAGGAAGUCCAUGGAGGUGCUAAGCGUGACGGACGGUGGCUCGCCUGUACCAGCACGGAGAGCCAUCGACAUGACCCAACAUGGACAGAGGUCACGCUCUAUCAGCGGAGCUUCCUCAGGUCUGGUCACCAGUCCCCUCAGCAGUCCGAGGGUCACCCCCCACCCCUCCCCCAGGGGCAGCCCUCUGCCCACCCCCAAAGGGACACCUGUCCAUACGCCCAAGGAGAGCCCGGCCGGCACGCCCAACCCGACACCACCGCCCAGCCCCUCCAUCGGGGGCGUGCCCUGGAGGACACGCCUCAACUCCAUCAAGAACAGCUUCUUGGGCUCGCCGCGCUUCCACCGCCGGAAACUGCAAGUUCCUACUCAAGAGGAGAUGUCCAGCCUCACACCAGAGUCUUCCCCAGAACUUGCCAAAAAGUCCUGGUUUGGCAACUUCAUUAGCAUGGAGAAAGAAGAGCAGAUCUUCGUGGUGAUCAAGGACAAGCCCCUGAGCUCCAUCAAAGCGGACAUAGUGCAAGCCUUUCUUUCGAUCCCGAGCCUCAGCCACAGCGUGAUCUCCCAGACGAGUUUCCGGGCGGAGUACAAGUCCACAGCGGGCCCCGCCGUCUUCCAGAAGCCGGUGAAGUUCCAGGUGGACAUCACCUACACAGAGAGCAGCGGAGCCACCAAGGACAGUGGCAUCUACUCUGUCACCUUCACCCUGCUCUCAGGUCCGAGUCGGCGCUUCAAGCGGGUGGUGGAGACCAUCCAGACGCAGCUGCUGAGCACGCACGACCAGCCGGGCGUCCAGCAGCUGGCCGGAAUUAUCCAGAAAAGCUAUUAAUGCCUCUGCUCUCCUGCUCCACCAACACUCGCAGCGACCCACAUUUGUUGACAGACAGAGGGCGCUAUUCAUCAUGUGCGAGCGAGUUUCUGGAGAAACGAGACGCCUCAUCCUCCCUCACCUGCCUGCUCUCGGAUACCUCUGUGUUCCUUGAGGAAAACGCGCGCACAAUCCUGUCCUUGUUCUGCCCUUUCCUCACCUAAACAUACUCAAACACACGCGCGCAAAUAUUCACGAACAUGCUCAAGUAUACACAAGGAACUUUUUGUGAUGAGCUUUCAGAUGAACCACAUAACUGAACUGAACCAAUACACACACACGCACACACGGCACACCUAUGGACGUGCUAAAACAAUGAGAAAAGGGCGGAGCUCACGAGCUGUCCCAAAGGCAUGGAAUCUCUUCACAGACUGUAUUGUCAUUUUCAGUGUUAACUUUCUUCUCAGUCAGCUGGGUUUCGUUCAAUCUUAAAGCACCGUGGCAAAAGAACUGCAAAACCACACACUCCGGUGAGCGCUGGACAAGGAGCCGAGGAAACUGGAACAGGGGGUGGAGCUUGAGAUUAUCUUAAUGAAUGAUUUGUUCUGUUGU